UCGUUUGUAAAGUUGCCGCUAUAUAAAGGGAGCUUGCGGGUAGUUUGAAUUUAUUUUUGUUUCUGGACGUUAGUUUGAAUAGUUUUUGUUUAAAAGACUGUAGACAAUCAUCAUGAGAAACAAACAUAUGAAUCCAGAUUUGGUAAAGCUGGCUGAAAAGUAUAACGUCAACAAGAUGAUUUGUCGCAAAUGCUAUGCAAGGCUUCCUCCGAAAGCCACAAAUUGCCGCAAAAAAAAAUGCGGUCACAGUAAUGAUCUGAGACCGAAGAAACCCUUGCCCUUAGAUAAAUCCUAGAGGAAAAAUGCUUAUGACUGAUUCUGGAUAAUCGUAUAAAACAGCGUGUGAAGAUGGAGUUUAUUGAAAAUUCAAAGAAUCAAGAUUUUCAGAGAGAAUAAUUGUUUGAUAAUAAUUAUUCUAGUAAUACAUCUUUCUCAUAAUCUCUGAUACAAUUAUUAAUUAUAUUCAAGUGUCUGUUUGGAUCAUCUAGAUAAUUAGUUGUACUUGUUUUUCUUUAUCUGGGGUUAAUUUUUGUUCAAAUAAAUAAAAUUUCAAAAAAGAUUCACCAACUAAUUUAACCCAUUAGAAGGUUUUUCAAAUUUCCAUGAGGUUAGCAAGAAGUACUUUUGCAUCUUCUUAAUAAUAACUGAUCAAUUUUGAAAUAUCUAAAUUAGUUAUAAUGCCGUAUUCUAUUCAUGUUUUAUUAAAGAAGUACCUACCUACUGACCAUUUUUGAAUAAAGUUGAAAAAGUUCAUUUUUGUGCUAAAGUGAAGAUAAAGAAACUUAAAAUUUUCAUAAUUAGUUUUCCCAAAAGUGAAAUUUGAACAAGAAAAUUAUGGAAAUUCUAUUUCAUGCUCUUUCAAAUUUGGAAUCUUUACCGAAAAGUAAACUUCAACUUUUCUUACAUAAAUUUGUUCUUGUAGAGAUGUUUGAUUUUUUAUUGGAGAAACUCAAUAACCAUAGAAAUCCUUUGUCUAAAUUAAAUUUGAACCAGUAGAGAAGCGGUAAUUUAUGAACCUUGUAGAAUUUGAAUUGAGAUAGAGUGGCUGUAAACAGGGUAGAUACCAUGCAGUUUCAAAUUAGUAGAGCCAGAAUUCAUUUGGAGAAGCUAAAAAAAAGCUUAGAAUCAGGUCUUCUAGACUCCUAAAAUUGAAGUUAAGUUAGAUGAUUUACUAAGUAUUUUAAAUAAAUAUAAAACUCUGGUUUCUAUCCAUUUUAAAGUUGAAGUUCUUACCAAAAAGCUAAUUGUUGAAUCAGUUUUUGGUAAGGCCUAAAUUCAACUUGAGAAGCUCAAAAAUCUUUCAACUAGCUCUCUUAGAAAUUAGAGCUUAAAAACCCGUUUCUGGCUCUACAAGAGUCAAAAUUGACCCAAACAACUGUAAAACUCUAAUUUAUCUUUAUUCUAGAGCUGAAGGCAAACUAAAGAAGUUGAACAGGUUCAUAGAUUUGAAAUUCGAUUAGAAAAGUUUAAAAAUCUUAUUCCUGGCUGUACUGGAAUCAAAAUUGAAUAAGAGACUUCUACAAGUUGAUUUUUGAAAAAUCCUAUUCCCGGGUCUAGUACAGCCAAGAUUAAACUAAAAUGAGCAUAAAACUUUUAAUUUCUGACUAACCUAGAGUUCAGAUAUGGGCACCAAAAUGCAUAAUACAUUUUAUAUUACGCAUGCAUCAUAAUCAACGAUUUAUCGCACGCUGCGGC